CAUGUGUGUGUUCUAGAACUGCUCUGCUAUGUCCGUGCCGUGCAGCAGGAUGCGGCCUCUGACCGGGUCUUCUCCAGCUUAACGUGCCCGGUACGGAGCAGUAGCCGUUCUGUGGUGUGUCUGCGGACGGAGGGUGCACUCACUGUGCGGGGCUAAACGGGCUCUCACACUAAUAUUAUGCUCUUCUUCUUGCUCCGUGUCUACACAACCAUCAGGCGAUGCAUCCAGGCCAGCCCCUUCAGCCAUGACCUGUGCAACCCGUAACUACUGCUGCCGGGGAAGGGGUUACAUAGUAGCUGAGUGGCUAGCAGUGAGAAGGAGCACCAGUACCAGGUGAUUAUUAUAACGAAGAAAAUGUCUACAGAAUGCCUAAUGAACCCAGAUUUUCUAAUAGAGUUCAUUGAAAUGUAUCGCUCUUUUCCUUGCUUAUGGAAAGUGAAAUGCUCUGAUUAUUCCAAUAGACAGAAAAAAGCAGAAGCAUAUGACAAAUUAGUCAGUCUUUGCCAAUCAGUUUGUCCCACAGCAACAAUAGAACUUGUUAAACAUAAGAUUGCAAAUUUACGAACGGUGUUCAAAAAGGAAUUAAAGAAGGUUGAGUCCUCAAGAAAAUCUGGCGCCUCUGGUGAUGACGUUUACAUACCACGACUGUGGUACUUCGACCUUCUGAAAUUUACUAUUGACCCGGAUGCACAACCACAGUCUAUAGCCAACUUUUCUGACACAUAUGAUAUGCGACAAGAGGAAGAAAACACAGAUGACAGCCUAGAAAGUGUUGGCGAAAGUACUAACGUGUCCCAGGUGGUUAUUACAAAGAAGAAGAUGUCAACAGAAAUUUUUAUGAAUCCAGAUUUCCUAAAAGAGUUCAUUGAAAUGUACCGAUCUUUUCCUUGCUUAUGGAAAUUGAAAUGCUCCGAUUAUUCCAAUAGACAGAAAAAAGCAGAUGCAUAUGACAAAUUAGUCAGUCUUUGCAAAACUGUUUGUCCCACAGCAACCAUAGAUCUUGUUAAACAUAAGAUUGCAAAUUUACGAACUGUUUUCAAAAAAGAAUUAAAGAAAGUCGAUUCCUCAAGAAAAUCUGGCGCUUCUGGUGAUGACGUUUACAUACCGCGGCUGUGGUACUUUGAUCUUCUGAAAUUUACCAUUGAUCAGGAUGAGCAAUCUGUAUCUAACUAUCCUGACGCACAUGAUAUGCGACAAGAUGAAGAAAACACAGAUGACAGCCUAGAAAGUGUUGGCGAAAGUACAAACUUGUCUCGGGUUUGUAUUCGUUCUCGAAGUCAUGAAGUCAUUGAAAUGCAACCACAAACCAUUCCAAUACUCAACCAGAGAAAAAGAAAAACCGUCAAUGAUGACUUAAGCAGACAACUACUUACUGAAGCUGCUGCAGUACUCAACCAAAAAGAAGAUGAAUUUGAUGCUUUUGGGGUUACUGUCGCAGCAAAGUUGCGUAAAAUGGAUGACAAACAAAGACUAUUAUCAGAGGUCCUUAUAACUGACAUUUUGUUUAAAGGGAUGAUGAGAAAACUCACAGAAGACACAAGCAUUUCUCUGUUCCAAAUUCCACAUUAUGCUUGCCAGCCACCAAGUUGUUCUAGUUCUAUUGAAUAUAAUAUUCAAAAUCCUCAGACGGCAGCCUCACCGCGACAAGAAUUUGUCUCCUACAAUCAUGAAUAUAGCUGUAGUCCAACACCAGGCAGGGGAAAUGCCUCUUUCUGUAUUUCCCCACUCCGUGGUUCACAAGUAACAGAACCUUCACAGUACAAGGAAGAACAUUUAUAGCCAGCGCACGUUUCUGCCAUGUGACAUCAAACACUUUAUAGUGUUUUUUCUGGGACAGUACAAUUAAAGCAGUUUCUUAUUAGGGUUCUAAUUUAAGUUGUUUUUAUUAUACAUUAGUAAUUCUGUUUUUAUACAAAACUUUAAUACUGUUUAAUUUCUUUAUUUUAAGAAAAGUUUUUUGUAUGACAAAUUUUGCAGUACAGUUGAAGUUUUCACUGUCUUUAUUUUCUUAACUGACGUAGGCCAGGGAGGGUUAUUUCCAACAAACCUUCCUAUAUAUUUAUGGUGGCGAGUGGGCAGGCCUAGCACAGCAAGUACAUUCAACAAUACCAGAAACCUAUUCAUAUGGUCCCAGCUUAGAUUAUGAUUAUUAGCAGUUAUUGCACCUGCAAUACCAGGUCUGAUCCACGACACUUACAGUAAUUGUCAGAUAACUAUUGAUGGUUAGAAAAGGCAAAAUCUCUGACUGAAAACAGUGCAGAAAAAUGCAUUUAUUUUUCUGCCUUGUCCGUAACCUUUACACUUUUUGGAGUUGUCCCCAUAAACACUCUGCAGUCUUUUUGUGGGUGACACACAGAUGCUCACUUUCAUGUCCAGUUUUUACCACCCAACCAUUAAUUUUUACCAUUUCAGGUUGCCUCCUAAAGUAUUGCUCAGCUAAAUCCUAUUUAUGUCUUAAAUAAAGCAAGAGAGUGAGAAGG